UUCAAAGUUCGUAUGUAACGGAAUAAGUAAGGUCAGUAGAAAACACCGAAAAAAUGUCGGAAAUAAGGAGUUCUAAUAAUAUGGUGGACUUUGUUCGUAGAAAGUCCGUUUGUUUGGUCAAAAAUGUAGAUAUGGUGCUCAUCUACUUCAAAAUGCCGAACGCACUAUUAAUAAGAGAAUGGUUACCUCUCUAUACAAAUAUCUGGGAAAUACAGCAAGAACUUGCGGCCAACAUUUGCGCAAAUGCUGGGAACAUAAUACUGAAAUACAAAGGAUCAGUAUUGGACCCCUGGAUACCGUUAGCAGGGCUCGAAUACGAAGAUGCACUCCUUUUCGUAUUCGAUGUAGAUAUUCUCGAUGAUAUUGAUGGAAAAUUCGGUAAACCGUGGUCAGACAAAACUACAAGAGUUGUGAAAAUAUUGAAUAAAGAAAAUAAACAGAUAGAACUGAAUGUGAUCGUCGAAAUAGAAAACGUAAAGAAGCCUUGGUUAGGGGGGUUUAGGCAUAAAAUAACCAAGGUAGAGUACCACCAUGCCGUUGUCCAGACCGACACGUUUAGAGAGAGGCGCCACAAAAUGGGAGAACCUCCACCCAAGACGAUAGACAAUUCCUCCCAAACACGCAAAUACCAUCCCAAGGAUACUGGAUGUCAGACACGACAUGAUCAUGGCACUCAGAUGCCACUCCCUGGGCUUUACACUGCGACGUAUCGUGACAGGAUUAUCGACCCCGGUACGUAUAAGGAGUACGUCGAAGAGGUACAUUCUAAACUACCUGUCACUUGUCUUAACAAGUUCAAGAAAUUAUGCAUGGAAAUUAUCAAUAGAAGUAAAGAAGAGAAGCUGAGAUUGAAAAGGUUGGUUAUGAUGUCUGAAAAAAUGAAAAUACUCAAAGAGCAUUCCCAGAAAGCUGAAUUGAAUUUCACUCUCUCUACAAUAUACCCGACCGAUAUUUACGGCAUUGAAAACCUUUACAGUUUAGUAAACAACUGGUAUGAUAAAGAAAGAAAAAGACAGCUAGAAGCUUUCGUAUUACCGACAGAUCCAGGUUUCAAGGCUAUCUUACUGAAUUUAUUUAAGAAAAAGCUAAAUUAUCUGCGACAGUUAGAUGUACUCAAGACAAAGCAGAGGGAUGAAUGGAUGAAAAAACACCGAAUGAAACUUUUUGAUGAAGCUGCCAAGCCCAAGAUUCGUUAUUAUCCAAAAGGUAGUAUAACAGUGGUAGAAACAUGUGAUGUAUUAAGAUCGAAAAUUCUUAAGGAACUGUAUAGUUGCUAUAUCAGGCGGGAUUAUAAGCCAGAGGAGAGGGUAGAAAUGUUGCUCCAACUAAAGAGUAACGUGGAAACAACAAUACCGAUCGAUCUGGCACUGCCUUUGAUAGAAUUAUUAAAUCGGGAGAUUGAUAUGCUUUCAAUGGGAAUGAAACAUCUUGAAGGACUCAGGAAGAGAAUCACUGAAAUGCUAUUUUAUUUGUUUACAUCGGAUGAAGUGUUUGAAAAAUCCCUCUCGGAAAGCGAAGAAAAAAUCACCUAUAGCACAAUGAAGUGCAUAAGUUGCAAUGAACUAAAGCCGAAGAAAGCAUUCUUUAAGAGAAGCAGCACUAAUAAUCGUCAUUGUAAAUCUUGUUUGUGGCUUCAUGAUAGAAAUGUAGGAGUUCCUCCACUAGGACCUUACCAGUUUAUGUUAGAUGAAAUGAGGAAAUAUUUCAAAACCAGCAACAACUCGAUCCUUGAUAUAAUUCAACCAUACGAGAUAUUUAGAUUGGUCACUAAAGUGUGGAAUGGUAAAUCUGCAUUAUCGGGUAACAGAGACCCUUACAAACUUUGGCUAGCGAGGUGGGAUGUUGAACAGGAAUGGGCACCUUGGAAUGCAAUUCUUCUAACCAAGGAUGAAGCAGAAAUUCACGAACAAGUAGAAAAGCCAAAAGAUUUUUAUGAACCGCACUUCGUAUUUGAAGUUAGACGUAAACAGUUACAAGCCAAAAUGGAUUUCAAAAAGUUGCGCGAGGAUUAUAUCCAGUGGAAAUACGAUACUGAUAAGGAUUUUAAUGCAAAAGCUAGGCAGAGAAAAGAAGAAUAUUUUAAAUCUUGCGAUCCUUUUUUCCGUCCUGCUGAGUACUUUUUACGAAAGCGGCAGGAUACUAAUAAUGACGCCACUGAAAUCAGAUUAAGUACUUAUUAAUUACAAAACUUAUUAUAGGUUCGAAUUUGAGUUCUAUUUUUUUUUUAAUGGUUUUAAGUAAAAGAAGGUCACGUAUUGAGUCAUUUGUACAUUCGUAAAAUUAUUUUAAUAAAAAACGUGUGGUUAUUU